AUGGCUCUAGCCUGGAGAAAUAUGCAGAAAGCCUUCUCCCUGGAGACCUCUCUCAGAAUCCUCCAGAUGUGUCCAUCCUCAAGCUUAGGUGCUUCCUGGAUAUCUGUAUCCAGGCUCACUCUUCAUACAAAGCCCAGCAUGCCAUCAUGUGACUUCUCACCUGAGAGAUACCAGUCCCUUCCCUACAGCCGUGCCCUGGAGAUUCAUAAGCAGCACCUUUCUCCUGUGGAAACGGCAUAUUUCCAGAAGCCUUUGCUGCUCCAUCAAGGACACAUGGAGUGGCUCUUUGACUCAGUGGGGAACAGAUACUUGGACUUCUUCUCUGGGAUUGUAACUGUUAGUGUUGGUCACUGCCACCCGAAGGUAACUGCUGUGGCACAUACACAGAUGGACCGCCUGUGGCAUACAAGCUCUGUCUUCUUCCACCCUCAAAUGCAUGAAUAUGCAGAGAAACUUUCAGCACUUCUUCCUGAGCCUCUUAAGGUCAUUUUCUUGGUGAACAGUGGAUCAGAAGCCAAUGACCUGGCCAUGAUGAUGGCCAGAGCAUACUCAAAUCACACAGACAUCAUUUCUUUCAGAGGAGCCUAUCAUGGAUGCAGUCCUUAUACACUUGGCUUGACAAAUGUAGGGACCUACAAGGUGGAACUCCCCAGCGGGAUGGGCUGCCGAUCAACAAUGUGCCCAGAUGUUUUCCGUGGCCCCUGGGGAGGAAGCUACUGUCGAGAUUCUCCAGUGCAAACAGUUAGGAAAUGCAGCUGUGCUCCAGACAGCUGCCAAGCUAAAGAACAGUACAUCGAACAGUUCAAAGAAACCCUGAACACUUCUGUGGCCAAAUCAAUCGCUGGAUUUUUUGCAGAGCCAAUUCAAGGUGUGAAUGGUGUUGUCCAAUACCCGAAGGAGUUUCUGAAGGAAGCCUUUGCGUUGGUUCGAGAGAGGGGAGGUGUGUGCAUUGCAGAUGAAGUGCAGACAGGAUUUGGAAGGCUGGGCUCUCAUUUCUGGGGCUUCCAAACCCAUGAUGUAUUGCCUGACAUUGUCACCAUGGCUAAAGGGAUUGGGAAUGGCUUCCCGAUGGCUGCAGUUGUGACCACUCCAGAAAUUGCAAAAUCUUUGACUAAAUGCCUACAUCACUUCAACACGUUUGGAGGAAGCCCCCUGGCCUGUGCCAUUGGAUCUGCCGUGCUUGAGGUACUCAAAGAAGAAAAUCUACAGAAAAACAGUCAAGAAGUUGGUACCUACAUGUUACUGAAGUUUGCUGAGCUGCGGGAUGAAUUCGACAUCAUUGGGGAUGUUCGAGGCAAAGGCCUAAUGAUAGGGGUAGAGAUGGUUCAAGACAAGAUGAGCCGCCAGCCUCUUCCUAAAACAGAAGUAAAUCAAAUCCAUGAGGACUGCAAAGACAUGGGGCUCUUGGUGGGCAGAGGUGGCCUUUUUUCUCAGACGUUCCGCAUUGCGCCUCCCAUGUGCAUCACUAAGCUGGAAGUGGACUUUGCAUUUGAAGUGUUUCGCUCUGCCUUAACUCAGCACAUGGAGAGGAGAGCGAAGUAA